AUGAAUGUAGAUAAUAAAAUUUACAGUAAUACAAAUUAUAUAUAUAACAAGAAUUUACACAUUAAAGACAUUAUACCUUAUAGAAAAAGAAAAGAAAAGAAUAACAUUACUUUAUUAAAUAAUUAUCAUGACUAUAAAAGAAAAGAUUCUAUAUAUAAUUAUGUAUUAUUUUAUUUAAACAAAAAUGUGAUCAAAAAUUCUAAUGAAUUAAAAUUAAAUAAAUUAAAUGAUAACAAAAUAAGUAGUAAAAUAAAAAAAAACAUAUAUCAAAAAAGUAAUAAAAUGAGAGAUAAUGAACGUUAUGAUAUGAGUAUAAUAAAAAGUGUCCCAUUAAAAAAAAAUUAUAUUAGUAACAGUUUUAGUAUAGAUAAUAAUUUUGACAACAAUCUAUCUUUUAGAAAUAAUUGCACUAACUGUAAAAUUAAUGAUUAUUGUAACCAUAAUAAUAAUUAUAAUACUUAUUUAAAUAAUAUUGUAUAUAACUUAACCAUAAAAAAGAAAUUUACGAAGAACAAAAAAACACCCAUUCUAUGUGAUUUAAACAAUUCUGAAUGUUUCAAUUCAAAUGUAAAUAAGGUAAUCCAAAUAAAUAAAAGAAAUUAUAUAAAUAAAAUAGAUAAUAUAAAACAUAAUUCUGACUUUAAAAGCAUUAACCAUUUUACUAUUUCUGCUAAUUCUAUUGCUAAUAAUGUUAAUAAUAAUGUUAAUAAUAAUGUAAAAAAUUUGUAUUAUCAAAUAUAUAAUAGGUAUGAUAUUAAAGCACAAAAUAAGAAUUAUAAAAGAAACCUAACUAUAUUAAAUAAAAAUGGACAUAUUACAAAUUCUACCUAUAGUAGUAAAAACAAAUAUUUUAACAGUAGUAGUAUUUUUAAAAGGAAUGUUUCACCAAUAAAUAAUAUAUGUAAUUAUGAAAACAGGAAAGUAUUAGAUUAUAGUAUAUUUAACAAAAAUAAACUAAAAUUUCCUUAUUCAAAUCAAAAUUAUAAUAAAAUGAAUUCAUUUAAUAAUUUGAGAAAAAAUUCCGAAAAAAAUCAAGCCCCUUGUUAUGAUUGUUCUAGUAAUAAAUUUACUAAAAUAAAUACUACUAAUAAUAAAAAAUCCACCAUAUCAUGUUUAAACACAAUAAAUAAAAACAAUAACAUCGAAAUAAUAGAAAGUUUAAGUGAUAAUGAAAAAUAUUUUAAAGCAAAAAAAAAAAAAAAAAAAAAUAAUUUAUGUUCUUUUAUAUUUAGUAAAGAAUGUCCUUAUGAGGGUUGUAAAAUUGGGAAAAAAAAAAUUUUAUAUUCAAAUGAAUUUUGCAUAAAUUCUAACAGUAAAUUAAUAAAGAAAAAUAAAGAAUCGUGUGAAUUUAAAAAUAGUAGUUAUUUUAUUGAGUUACUAUUAAAUGGUGAAAAGGAAGCUAAAAAUAUAAUAGAUAAAGCUUAUCAAAAUAAAAAAAAAUUAAGGAAAUUAAUGUAUGAACAAAUAGAAGAAGAAAUAGAAAAUUUUAAACAAAUAGAAAAUUUAAAGUAUGAAGAAAGUUACAAAAAAUUGGAAGAAGAAACAAGAAGUUGUGAACAAUUAAUGGAAAAUGAGUUACAUAUUAUUAACAUUAAAAUGCAAACUAUUUCUACAAAUAUUAUCGAAGCAUCUAAUUAUAUAAUAGAAAAAAUUAUUAAUGUUGAUUUUAGUUUAAAUUAUGAUUCACUUAAAUAUUAUUUACCAAUGAAAGAGAUUCUUCCUAUUCAUCUGGCAAUAGAACAACAAGAAAGUCAACAGAAUUUUAAAAAAAAAGACACUCUAAUAAUUGAUGAACAAGGUAAUUCUUCAAUUCUUCAUUAUAAUCAGUAUAAAAAUGAACACACAAUUAGAAAAUUCGGUUCAUUCUGGACAAGAAUAAGACAUAAUAAAUAG